AGUGACGUAGCUCGCGGAGGGCGUGGUCGACUUGUGAAAUGUCAGGGAGGAAUGGCGCUCGGCGCGGUAUUUUGAACAAUCGCCUUUUCCUUUCCUCGUAUUAUCUGGAAACGUAAGCGGGCGUGAAAACAACAGGUAAGAACGACUUUGUGUUAGCUGACUCUAAGAUUCGACACCGUUUAUUUGGAAGGAAGCUUUACAGUAACAAAAUAUGAUCAAUGUGGAGGUAUAAUGUUGUGCUAGCUAGCCAGGGUUAGCGAGCUCAGCAAGUUUGCUAGUACAGUUGUCCUGCCCGCUGGGCUGGUUUAGGAGCCUGAGGAUGAGGAUGAUGAUGACAACAAUGGACAUAGUAAGAUGAGGAUGAUGAGCUCAGAGGUCAGGAUACUCACUGGGUCUGGCAGUAGGGGUUUAUAGUUAAAUGUGGAUUAAGACGAAAGUUAAACGUGCACUUAUAGAGAAAAAUAAACGGUAAAAACACGUUAAAAUCGGGAUUUUACAUGCAUGUUGGCUGGUCUGGAAAAGACGCCAGGGUAACAUCAUUAGGCCGAGCUAACUUGUCUGGUAGCGUAAAACACAGGCUAAUACUGCGUUUGUGAUGAUCGGCGUUAUCAUGUCGCCUCAUUUUGUUCCAUUUCUUUACUGGAAUCGUCAAAUUUAGAACAAUAAACACGCAGUAUAAGUAAGAUGGAGAGAUCGAACUAAGUUCAAGCAAGUCGUUGUGUCAACAAAUUAACAAUUAAGUCCUUGAAGAUGUCAAAAUAGGGGACCUAAAAUACAAAUAAAGCGUUUAUUAAUCGAUUGUACGCUUGUACCAACGUAUACUUUGGAGCACUGCAUGACAUAAGUCAGAAUCAGAAAUACUUAAAUAAUCCCCAGGGACGAAAUUGCUUUUGUCACGGUAACUCCAGUUCAAAUAAAGUAGAAAGAGAAGAUAAAUGAUAGAUAAAAUAAGUUAAAAAAAAGAGAUAAACGGCUAAAGUAAGUGAAAAUAAAAAGAUAAUACACAAGUAUGUACACUAUAUACAACUCUAAAUAGUUAAAUAGUGAAAUAGUAUGCAUGUACUAUUACUAUUACAAUUUUUACCUGUAAAGUCAAAUUUUCAACCAAGUUAACUGAAGGAUAACCUUUUUUUCUGACUUUACCUGUAAGUACAUGAAGAGUGAGCUGUAGUAUUUACUUAGAAAUAUUGUUUUCUGAUUAUUCCCACACUACAGGGGCGCAGGAUACAUAUAUAUAUAUAUAUUUAUAUAUUUAUAUACAUAUGCUGCUAGGUUUAUGAAACGAGGGAUGGGUAACAGAAAGGUGGUUAACAGAGAGAGUAAGCCAGAAAUGAUAAAGAAAUGCAUAAAAUAAAUUAAAUCUAUUUCAAAAUUAUCUCUAUGAGAUACAGCAUGUUUGAUUUGUAUGCACAAUUGCUAUAACUAGAUGCUAAAUCUUUAUUUUUGUGUCAUUGAAUCAGUCCAUUAUUCUGACAAUAUGUGCACUUAAAGGGAUGUUCCAGCGUAAAAUUAGAUUAGGGUCAAACACUCUGUAACACUGAGUUAGACACCCCCUCAAGAGAUAAAUGUCGCAGACCGCUUGCUUUUCUAGUUAUACCAACUUUAGUAAUGACUGCAUGAUAGCAAUACACAAUGGUCUGAGGAGCCACACACAAACCUCAACCAAAACGCCACUCUAUAGCUACAAAUAAUGCUCAGAACAGCACCUAACUUCAUCAACAGUACAUAUAGGGUCCCAGAUAUAGCACUAGCCACCAAACAUCUUUUUAACUUUGACUAAUUUCUUUAGCAAAGAGACUAAACACAACUUGCCUACUCUCUUCCAGCAGCCUCUUGUGUGUGGUUCCAUAGACCGCUGUGUAUUGCUAUUGUGUGGUCGUUACUUAAGUUGGUAUAACUAGAGAAGCAAGCAGUUGGCAACAUUCAUCUCUCGAGGGUGUGUCUAACUCAGUGUUCUGGUGUGUUUGACCCUAAAUUAAUUUUACGUCGGAAUAUCCCUUUAAUCUUGUGGUCUAAAAACCGCCACGAGUCAAAUCAGUGAGACCUCCCUUACAAACAAAAGGAUUUUUACAUCAGUGGUUUUUAACCCUAACCCAUGGCCCCAAAACAAUGUUACCAGACAUGUAUGACCUUCGCUGUUAAAAAUCAUUCACAGCUAUCAGAAUGCUCUGAUGAUCUGACCCAGAACCAGACAUGAGGACAACACAGAAAAACACAACAUGAACUGUAACAUUGUUUAUUGUAAUGUUUGAACGGCAGAAUACAGGAGAUCUUUGUUUUGACUGUAAUAGUGAUGGGACUGUUUAAAAAAAAACAUACACAGGUGAGGUGGUUUCAUAUCAGCUUUAAGUCCAGGAAACUGGAUUUAGACAAUCUUUUUGCACUUCAUAGUAAUCCUUGUGCUUUCGUUAGUUAACCUAUUAUCUUAAAUGCUUUUGUUUGUGUCUCAUUAUCAUCAACAUGUUCCAAAAAAGGUCUCGUUUUCAUUUUUACUGACGAUGGAGCCUUCUGGUUCCAGGUCAAGAAAAUAAAAAGGGCAUGCACCAAACUAUGUGCAGAAAUUGUAAAUCCAUACACAUGUUUCAUAAUUUGUGAGUACAGAUGUGUAAACCCCUAAUAUAGACUUCAUUAUGCAGUUAAAAAAACAUGGAAAUCUCUGAGACAAACACACCAUUACAUCAUCAAACUUUAAUUAUGGAUAAAUUUGACUUUGCAGUUUUGAUUCAUGAUCAAUUCCAUUCCUUGUUACUUGUAAUCUGCGACAUGCUUACAAAACAGUGGAUGCAGAUAAAAAAUCCAAGUGUACAGUUUGCAAAAGAUCUCUGAGCGCUGACUAUAAGUCCAGUACCGAACCACAAGUUACAGAUCUGUGUGCAUGGUUUGCUCAAACUUUACAUUUUUAUCAAUAUCAUGAGCUGGCACAUGGGAGGUUAUGUCCACGACCCCCACAUCUGGUCUGGUGAACCUAAGUGGGGUCCUGACCCCUGCUUUGCUUACACAAACAGAAAAUCAAUACUUAUUGACAAUAUGAGCUCCCUACACUACAACUCAUGCACAAAACUAUAUGCUUUAUAUACUGCAUAGAUAGGAUAACUUUCUGUAUAUAAACAGUAUGUACCCUGUAUGCUCACAGUAUAUUUGCAUAUAGCUAAUAAUGUAGUAAAUAGUUAAUAAACACACAUUGCAUACUGUAAAUAUACAAUAUGGUUGGACUUAGUAUACACACACAGUGUAGCUUACUCUUUACAGCUUAUACCAUACAUAUAUAAAUAGUUUACCUCUAUUGAGUAAAAAGGAAAGUUAAAAGUUAAUAUUCACAUAUACACACAGUACAGACUAUACAUUACUUACAGUAUAUCCUCAUAAAUUUGAUGAAGGAUUUGAUUAAACUGACAAAAUUGAUAAAGCUUAUAGCAUACAUAUUUACACAGUUUACCAAUAUUAAGUUAAAAGUAAAGGUAAAAGUUAAUAUUUACAUAUACAAACAGAAUAGACUAUACAUUACUUACAGUAUAUCUUUACAAAUGUGAUAAAGGAUUUGAUCAAACUGAUAAACUCCUAAUGAAUUGGUACAGUAAAAUGUUAAAAUUAAAUAAACAUUAAUAAAACAGAGAGAAUAAUACAAUUAAUAACAUUUUAGAGCAAAUGUGUAACAGAAAAAGAUGAUUAAAGGUAAAUAUACGGAGAAACCACAAUGAAAGAGAGAUUUUGACCAAAAUUAGACUAUAUUAAAGUAUAUUUAAGGGGCUUCUGUGUGUCCUAGACAUCAAACUUUACUCUCUUACAUUUUUACUUUUGCUGUUUUCGCGAUAGAGUCGUGUUAGCAGAACGGUUUCUGUCUAAAUUCUGCGUUUUUGUGGUUGUAGUCGUUCACGGUUUCUUCUGUUAAUCAGUGUGUUUAAAUAAAGUUCGAGGAGAAAAAAAUGACAGGAGGAAUUACUGAAAGCUAGCAUUGUUUACGUUGUCAGAGUGAGCUAAAAGAGUUUGUUUCUCGCUUGUCGCACACACCAACCAUCAGAUAUCACUUUCAGACUGGUUUAAUGUGCACUUCUGUGCUGGGAAUUAUUGCCGGUAAGUGUGUCAGCUUUAUGUUGAUCACAUUAAAUCCAAACCCUCAUUCUUUGUCGCUACGUGUUAGCCGGGAGGCUAACAGAGUUGAUGACGAGGUAAAAAUGGCGGAUCUUUCGAAAUCCAACCCCGGCCUGAAAUAGAAACGUAGCCAGCGAGUAGCCUGUCGCCUUUUUCACCCUCACAACCUCAGCCACGACGACUUAAGUGCAGGUUUCACUUGAAUUAGUCUGUUUGUUGGUUUAUUCAGGGGACGUGGGAACAACACAGCAGUCUGUCUGUGUGUGUGUGUGUGUGUGUAUGUUGUGGGAAGAGUUCAUAUGUGUGUUUCUGUUUCGGUGGAUUAAUGUUAAGCAGCAGGACAAAGACACCCCUGAAAUGAUCGGUGAGGCCUCACGUGACUCUCAGUUCACCUUUCUAGUUGUUUAAAGCUCACCUGAUCCCCUGAAAACUGACUUAAACUAUGAUGUCAAUGAAGAGCUGGCUAACUCCUCAGCUUUAACUGCAUGGUUUGUUUAUUCUGUAGGCAUGUUGAGUUAUUGUUCUGCAAUAAAGUGGAGCAAUAAAGCAGGUUAUUCAGCCUUAUGUGGCAGAGAGGCUUCCUCAAAUUGAGUGUUAAAGUGUGAUAAGACUACAUACAGAAGUAAUAACAUAAGCCACAUUGUGAGAAGAGGUUAGGAAUCUUUAAAUUAACCAGCUGUAUUCAUAAAGCACCUUUAACUUUCUUCCUCUGUAGGAGGAAGCACUCUACAGGCUCAAAAUAAAUUAAAUGCAAAUUUAGAGGAGAUACGGACAAGUUUUCUCCAAAAUAGCAAAGUUAUGUGCUGUAGUUUGCAGACAUGCAAGGAUAGCUGGAUUCAGAGCUUUAUUUCCUUCUGCCACGCGGCAGAGCGCGCACAAUGCAAAAGGUUACAAACCUGGAGCAGAGCAAGGAGCCCAUGGCGCCUGUACAGCCGUCCAUUCAGUCCGCUUUCUCUAGUGCAACGCCUUACGACAAAACGUCAAAGAGACACAAAGAAGUCAUAGAUGCAGUAGCUUACUGUAUUGCAAAGACAUGCUACCAAUAAGCACUGUUAAAUUUCAUUUUUUAUUUUGUGAUAUAUAUCGAUAUCGACUGAUAUGAAAAAAAUAUAUUGUGAUUAACUUUUUCCCAUACCACUCAGCCCUAAUUGUAGUGCCACUACUCUAUCAUAUGCACUUCUUUUUUAUAAUAUAGUUAAAGCAAAACAGACUGAAAUGAACAAAUGAACCAUCUCUCUGAUGGUUUCAUUCAGGGUAGGUAAACUAAAGAACAGCCUAACAUGCUUUUCCCACAAGUUUUUAAGGUAAGUGAUUCGAGUAAGAGUAUUCUCUUAUUGCAAACGCUCAUUUCAAUCAAAGUUCUCAAUGUGUCUUUUAUGUCAUUUUAUUAAUUAUCUCUGUUCUUAGUCUUUUUCUUUAUUCCCGUCAUAGAGGUUUUUUUUAACUUCUUUUAUCCCUUUUACACGGUAAAGAGCUCUGACUUAUCUGUUCAUUUCAUAUUAUUUUCUUGUUUUAGUCCAUCAGGUUUUAGUCUUUCUUUUUAUCUUUUUUAUCUUUAUCUCCAGUGUUUCCCAAAGGUAGCUCUUUCCUCACGCAAUAUCUUGGUGUCAGGCCAUGUCUCUUUAACAGUAUAUCUUAAAUUGUCACUCUGCGCGCGUGUGUGUGUGCGUGUGUGUGUGUGUGUGUGUGUGUGUUCGUGUUCGUGUGUGUGUGUGUGUGUGUGUGUGUGUGUAGGUGAGUAAGGGUGGGUGUGUGUCUUUGUGUGUGUGUGAGUGGGAGGGUCAGGUUUUAUUGUCAUUAAAUUGUUGUUUUUAGCCUCUGUGCGGCACUUUUAACUACAUUUUUUGUCUGAAAAGUGUCCCACAAAUGAAGUUGAAUUUGAAUUUAGGGUGAACAAAGACAGAAACUGCUUGUGUUUUAAACUGUUGGUAAAAACUCAGCAUGUGUUGUUAUUUUCUAGUGAGCUGAGACAUUGCAUCAUGGAUGUGGUGUCGCCAGAGCUCAACAGCCUCCUUCCUGAUGAAAUCAUGGACACUGAGGCCAUCGAGGAGAUCCCUCAGUCCCAACCCGACGGCACCACGGCCAAACCAGAGUCCAGUGGUGACACGUCAGUCCCGAUGGAGACGGAUACACCUGCGGCAUCAGAAAACCUGAGCCUGUCUUCAGAUCCCUCUUCAACAGAUCACACACAGGCUUUGACCACGUCCAUCAGCACAGACUCUACUUUCAGCAUCAGCUCUGGCAGUCAGCUUGCUGUCUCCAUAUCCAGCACAUCUUCACCCCUCCUCACCCUCAAACCAGUCAUGGCCACGUCCACAGCCACCACAAAAACUACAGACAGUGUCACGGGGACCAGUGUGACCACAAGUGGGUUACAGAAGCUCACGGCUCCGUUUACCAUCUCUGCCGCAAACCACCAGAUCAUCCUCAACAAGGUGGCAUCAGCUCAGGCCUCAGAGGCAGCGAAAGCUGCAGGAACGCAGCCUCAGAUCAUCAAGCAGGAGGGACAGAAACUUUUGGUGACAGCGAUAGGAAAGUCGGGGCAGCCUAUUGUGCUGCAGUUACCGCACACAGGUAGCAAACCGGGCGUCUCACAGGCUGCAGGUGACGCCAAAUCUGCUGCUCCGCAGUUUAAAGUGGUGACCAUUGGCGGGAGGUCGGAGCUGAAGCCGGUGGUGGGCGGGGGAGGAAACCAGGUGACAACGUUACAGGCCCAGCAGCUCAAGACUGUGCAGGUAAUAUCAGCCUUUAUAUUGUUAUGUUUUAUUAAUUCAACAAAAGACAAAGAAACAAACCAAACCCUCUGCAGAAUCAAACAGAAAUGUUUUAGUUCAUUUAAACUUUGGCAGAGGAAACUCAGUCAGCACACUGUGAACAAACUUUCCUCUGGAAUAACAGAGGGCUUUGUUUGACUUGGUUUCUUUGUUUUUCCUGUGUAGAUAUGUGUUUAAUAAUCCAUCCAACAGGUCAAUAUUACAUAAGGAAGUGAUGGUUUUGGAGGGGCGAUAAUAAACCUGAUAAAUGAUCCAAAAGUUACUGUGAGAGUUACUGUUCACAAGAACAGGGUGGAGUUAGUGAGAUAUGACUGACCGUAGUGCUGGGCGAUGGGACGAUAGAUAUCGUGGGCACGAUAGAAAAUGUCUAUCGUGCCAUUUUUAUUUUUAUCGUUUCGGGCGAAAGGCUGUAUUUUAUCCAUAGGGCUUGUGCCAUCAGAUGAUUCAUAGUAACAACAACAAUAAUUGCACAUUCAGUAAAUGUAUUUGGUGUCGAACGGGAAAGAAAACAAUAUUUUCUUGCAAAGAAAAGGAUGCGUUGACAUGUAGGCUCGCAUUUCUCUUUCGAUUUUGCGACAUGACGCCGCUUUACGUGCCCUCUUCGUGUCCAGCGUCUCCCGCCGUUGCGGGUUACCUGGGUUACACACGUGAGGGGAUCAUUGUAAGCAGUGCUUAAUUUGUGCCGGAGCAAGUCGGAGCGCGAUCCGGGACCUCUUUUGAUCGGAUCCGGGACCUAUUUCAGCCGCUCCGGCACCUGUUUCAUCUGCUCCGGGACCUUCCCUGUGGAGGAUGACAUUUUUCGGGAAUUCCUGUGGGUCACGUGAUUCCCGCGGGAAUCCCACGGGAUGGGAGUCAUUUUUUAAUUAAUCCCUUGAUCGGGACGGGACGGGAAAAAAAGCAACGGGAGUGGGCAGGAGCGGGGACAACAUUAAAAGAUGAUCAUUUUCAGCCGUGUUUAACAACCAGAUGAACAGGUGCAUCCAUUUUUGUAGUCAUCUCUCAGUGACAGCCAACACUCUUGACCGCGCUAGCAACACAAAAGAACUACAACAGUGGUUUGACUUCCUGUCAGCUGGGAGCGCGGCUGCGCAUUUGUACUCUUCAAGCCAGCAGCGAGGAAACGUAAUUUUGUGACAUUCUGUAGUUUUUCAAUCAUUUCUGGAGUCGUGGCGAAUCAAAUCACCUUACCUGUCUGCCCCUGAUAGGCGAAUAAAGCGCUCGGAUUCAUGCUCGGGUCUUGCUACGUGCUUCAAGAGUAAAGUAAACAAUGAUGGAGGCAGAGAGCAGCGUUGGAGGAGAAACAUCUAGCAGUGUGAACAACCUCUUCAAAAGAGCCCUAAAGACCUACCUUUUUAAUAAAGCCUUUGGUUAGUUUUCCUCUAUGCUUUAUGCUUUUACUACCUUGCCUCUUACAUUGCAACGAUAUUUUUUAUUUUUUUUUAAUUCUUUUUUUAUGCCAAUCUGUGACUGUCAUUCUAUUGCUUUUUUUAUUGUUGCUGCCCUUUUUUUACUGUGUACUGUAGCACUUUGAGAUUUUUUGUAAAUGUAAAGUGCAUUACAAAUUAAAUUUUUUAUUAUUAUUAUUACUAUUAUUAUUAUUAUCAUGGAGUGCUUUGGCUCACACUAUCUGCGUUUUCUGUGAGUGUUGCAUAACUUUGGGUGAGCACAGACAUGAACGCACUUAAGCCACGUAUUUAUUUAUUCAUUUUUCUAGUUUUAAGUGCUGGUCUUGUACUGGUACUGUACUAGUGCAGCUGUAUACACUUACAUUUUUCAUAGAACUGAAAGCAUACCAUAGCUAUAUCGUGAUAUAUAUCGUUAUCGUGAUGUAAAAUGAUCCAUAUCGUGAUAUACAUUUUUUUCCAUAUCGCCCAGCACUACCCGAGCAUGAAUCCGAGCGCUUUAUUCGCCUAUCAGGGGCAGACAGGUAAGGUGAUAUGAUUCGCCACGACUCCAGAAAUGAUUGAAAAACUACAGAAUGUCACAAAAUUACGUUUCCUCGCUGCUGGCUUGAAGGGUAGAAAUGCGCAGCCGCGCUCCCAGCUGACAGGAAGUCAAACCACUGUUGUAGUUCUUUUGUGUUGCUAGCGCGGUCAAGACUGUUGGCUCUCACUGAGAGAUGACUACAAAAAUGGACGCACCUGUUCAUCUGGUUGUUAAACACGGCUGAAAAUGAUCAUCUUUUAAUGUUGUUCCCACUCCUGCCCACUCCCGAUGCUUUUUUCCCGUCCCGUCCCGAUCAAGGGAUUAAUUAAAAAAUGACUCUCAUCCCGUGGGAUUCCCGCGGGAAUCACGUGACCCACGGGAAUUCCCGAAAAAUGUCAUCCUCUACAGGGAAGGUCCCGGAGCAGAUGAAACAGGUGCCGGAGCGGCUGAAAUAGGUCCCGGAUCCGAUAAAAAGAGGUCCCGGAGCGCGCUCCGACUUGCUCCGGCACAAAUUAAGCACUGCUUACAAUGAUCCCCUCACGUGUGUAACCCAGGUAACCCGCAACGGCGGGAGACGCUGGACACGAAGAGGGCACGUAAAGCGGCGUCAUGUCGCAAAAUCGAAAGAGAAAUGCGAGCCUACAUGUCAACGCAUCCUUUUCUUUUUAAGAAAAUAUUGUUUUCUUUCCCGUUCGACACCAAAUACACUUACUGAAUGUGUAAUUAUUGUUGUUGCUACUAUGAAUCAUCUGAUGGCACAAGCCCUAUGGAUUAAAUACAGCCUAUCGCCCGAAACGAUAAAAAUAAAAAUGGCACGAUAGACAUUUUCUAUCGUGUCCACGAUAUCUAUCGUCCUAUCGCCCAGCACUAGUACAAGCCACCAAACAUCUUUUUAUCUUUGUCUGAUUUCUUUAGCAAAGAGACUAAACACAACUCACCUACUCUCUUCCAGCAGCCGCUUGUUUGUAGAGAGACCUCAGGCCAGUCCAUUAUGGAAUACAGCGGGGUGACGCAGCUCAAGGAAGAACAUUUAUGAUCAUUAUUUUUAUGAUUAUUAUUAUUAUUAUGAUUGUGAUCAUUUUAUUAUCAUUAAAAAGAAAAGAGUCCUUUGCUAAUCCAUGAUCACUUGGGUGUUAAAAUUCUGUAUACUGGAUUAUCUUGGCCAGUAACAUCUUUCAGAUGGAUUUUUGAUUCAUUGAUAAAAGAAAAAUGUUUCGGGUUACGCCAUAAAUUUCCACUCUAUGCCUGAUAUUUGUAAAAGACCUGCGUAGUGCUAAAUAAAUAAAUCAAUCAAGAUGUUUCUGUGUUUGAAACUGUGCCGAGGACCUUAAUCUUUGUCCAGAGAGAUCGAUCCGUUCAUGUGAGUGUCUCCUGUGGUCAUAGAUGGGCGUCGGAGCCUGCUGAUAGGUCGAUCUAAUGAGAAGUGGUAUCUGAGGAAUAUAAACCUGCUGAGGCAUCAUAAAUCCUUGCUGACCUUCAGCUUGUUUUCCCUGUUUCCUGAUAAACUAUUGCAGCUGCCUCCAGCCUCUGAAUACGGAUGAAUCUUCUCUGAAUUAAAGUCCACGCCGUGCAGCUUGAAUAAAUCAGUUUGCGUUAGCUUAAAGAUUUCUGAAUGAAUAUGUCCACUUGAAUUUAGAGUUUUAUACAAGAGUACAAAAAAAUAUACAAGACCAUGUGUGUGUAUGAAACUGUUAAACUUUAAAUAAAACUUGAACCUGUUUUGUUUUUAUUUUGAUCAGUAUGAACACAAAGUCUGAUCUCGUAUCGCCGCAGAUUGCUAAGAAAACUCCGACAUCCUCGGCUGCACCAAUCAAGUUUAUCAUCACAAAAACAGUCAACAGCAAAGGUCUGAGUCCGCAGACGUCGGUGUCUCCUGUUAUCGCAGGUUUGUUGACUUUCAUUAUUGCCAUCUCAUUACUGUAAAUGUGUGUCCUCCACGGCUCACCCCAAACUGCUGAGAUAGCCAUAAACUGAAGCUCUAAGUCUGCACGGAAACUUUUAUUAUUAUUGUAUUGAAGUGUUGCCUCUCUUUUUCUUUCUUCAGGCCGGGUCCUGACUCAGACGUCUGCAGUUAUGCCCACCAGGACCAUUACUCUCUCAGAGUCCCACAACACCAGUAUACAAAGUAUCGCUGGGAAAAAGAUCGCCAUUUCACCCCUGAAGACCCCGAGCAAGGUAGAUCCUGAACCUUUAAACCCUGAUUCUUUAUGCUUUGCAACAUCCACGCUGAUGAAGGUUGUUUUUAAGUGUUUUAUCAGGUUUGUAUGUGAACUCAUCACGCUACUCUUUUGUACCCCCACAAGGUGACCGUGGUGUCUGUGGCUUCCCCGACCUCCAACGCCUCCCAGAAGUCGGUGGCCCUUCCUGUCAAUGUAGCGCUCGGUCAGCAGAUCCUCACGGUCCAACAGUCCACAUCUGCGUCUCCGGUGAAGGUGGCCACCAGUCAGACCACGGCACAGGUACAAACACAGCACAACGUGUUUGUGUUAGCUGUAAAUCUGGGAAAUCUCUCUGCAUGUCUGGUUUUUGUCUUUCAUGUCUGUUUUGUUAGGAACGAUCUGAGUGUCUCUGUUGUGUGCAAAACCUUCAGCCAAGUUGUUCAAACUGAAAUAUGCUCUAGGAAUCCGUCAAAGAAGCAUCUUUUUUUGUGGUGUUUAUACAAAAAAGCUUUUAAUAUCAGUCAACAGCUAUUAGUUAUUGAUGACAUUUGAGAAUAUCAUGAUAUUGCUGUGUUCUGUAAUGUCUGUGUAGACAACAUUAUAGAUUUUUUGAGCGGUCCGCUCAUUCUGACUGUAAACAAAGCCGUUCUCCACCUCCCUGACCUGAUUUUUUGUGAGGCAGACGCUGCUCCUUCGUAUCGCAAGGCACGCUCCAUGUCCUCGAAUAAUGUUCACAAGCCCAAACAAAGUUAGCGUGCUACAAUAUCGGACAGUAGAAACCAACCAGAAAGUAUGGAAAAUUGUCUGAAUCCUCCUUUGGCCACAACUGCCGACACAAGCAAGAAAACAAAGUAAAUACCAGAGACUCUGGCAGAAUAACUGGCGCUUAAAACUGAGGUAGACCAGACAAGAGCUAAAAAGCCGGGUCAAUAUCAGCAUUAACGAUGGGGGACGCUUCAGGAUCAUACGGACCCUGUAACCUUUCUGCUGGACAGGUAAACUGCUUUAACAAAGUAAGCCAAGUGUCUGUAACAGAAGUGUUUCUUGUCAAACGGGACCUGCUGCUGUUUACCUCGGAUCCUGGAAUACGUCACUUUGUCCUAGUCGUAGAAGUCCUGCAAACAUUGUGUUUGCUGGUAGUCUGUUGGCAUCUACAGUAGCACCAGUGCUUUUUGCUUUCACAUUGACUGGGCCCCAUUUGUAAUUAUCUUAAGUUUUUAUCUGCAUUAUAUCUGAAUUUAACUGAAACAAUAUGAGUGAGCAGGAGUGUUUGUUUGUGGGCGGGGCUUGCUGGAGCAGAGAGGGAGGGGAGGGGAGAGGAGGAGCUGAGGGGAAAACUGGUUGGGAGGGGUAGAGUUUACAUUCAAGAUUUUUUCCCAAAACUGGCACUUCCUCAGAUCCUGCCUACCCCACCUUUGAGUGAAAACACUCAAACCUCUUGUCCCUCUUUGUACCUCUUUAAUCCAGAGCAUUAAACCGGUCCAGUCCGUGGCGGUGGGAGGAGUCGGCAGCUCCCAGUUCAAGACCAUCAUCCCCCUGGCCACCCAGCCCAACGUGCAGCAGAUCCAGGUCCCAGGCAGCAGAUUUCACUACGUCCGCCUCGUCACAGCCACCACAGCCAGCAGCACGGGGCAGCCCAGCUGCCCCGGCCCCAGCACCAGCUCCAUUCAGACAGGUAAGCUCACCUGUUAGAGACCUCUUAUUUAGUCCUAUGAUGACUCUGCUGUCGUAACUCACAAGGUUUAUCGUCCCUCAGCUAAACCGAUGGUGGUCGGCGCAGGAGCAGUCAGGAUGUCAGUCCCCAUCGUCCCCGCUCAGACCAUCAAACAGGUAACUUUUUAAAAACUCUUACUGUCUUCUACUUAAGCGCUUUGGGAAAUAUCUCAUUGAUGGAUCGUGUCCUCGUGUAGGUGGCCCCUAAGCCCCUGUCGUCAGCAGCAGUCGUCACCACCACUCAGACCCAGCAGCGCCUCAUCAUGCCUGCCACGCCCCUGCCCCAAAUUCAGCCCAACUUCGCCAACCUCCCCCCGGGCACUGUUCUGCCUCUGGCCCCAGGAGGUGGGAACAUGGGCUACGCAGUUGUGCCAGCGCAGUAUGUCACACAAGUAAGUGAGGUUUAAUUCAUUAUUACAGCGAGCGCUUUCUGAUAAUUCGGCGUCCGUUCAUUUGUUAAUUUAUCUGCUUCUCCUGCAGAUCCAGCAGUCUCCAUUUGUGACCCUCGCCAGCAGCUCUGGUUUCGCUGCAAGCACAGGAGUUCAGACUCAGGCCAAGCUGCCUCUUAACGGGUAUGAAAAACAUAAAGUCUAAGUUUUCAUGAUACUGAAAGUGGACAAGGGAACCGUACUGUUUAUAUCCUGUCAAAACAAACAAAAUACUGGAUUUGAAAUGAGGUUUUUGUUUUGUUUUGAGUCAGGAUAUAAAUCUCCUGCAAAUCCUCAAAUAAAACCUUUUACUGGCUCUUGGUGCUGGUGUUUUAUGGCUGUUUCCACGCUUGAUUUUGUCAGUUUUGCAGCCUUGCUUUAGUCCACCCAUGGGCCUCUGUUGUCGAGCGUUCCCCCUGCUAAAACCACUCACUGAAGCUUUAUGCACAGAAGUCCAAAGAACAAGCGUCAGUUUUUAAGAGGCUGCAGGUUUUUACCUUUUACUGAGUGAUUUGUUUGACUCAAUCGUAUCUCCUGUUUACAGCUUGUCAUCAGCAGAAACAACUUCAAGACCGAGGAAACCGUGUAACUGCACCAAGUCUCAGUGUCUCAAACUGUAAGUCAUGUUGCAUGUAUAAUAUCAUGAAAAAUCUAAUAUUGGACUCAUGUGGUCCUCUUGUGUUAGUGUUUGGGUUUUAUAGGGAUCAAGACUGCUGACCAGUCUUGUUAAGGCGGUUUAAUUAAGCAGCACUCUGUUUUUCUUUCUUAGAUACUGCGACUGUUUUGCAAACGGAGAGUUCUGCAAUAAUUGCAACUGCAAUAACUGCUUCAACAACCUGGAGCACGAAACGGAGCGGCUCAAAGCAAUCAAGGUAAGGAUAAGGUUGUUGAGUUGUUGUUAGACUGAGCUGCUAAUCGGAUGUGAAAAUGUUUGUGUUUAUUCUUUUAAAUUGAACAGACAUGUCUGGAUCGGAACCCAGAGGCCUUCAAACCUAAAAUCGGGAAAGGUAAAGAGGGAGAGUCAGACCGCCGACACAGCAAAGGCUGCAACUGCAAACGAUCCGGCUGUCUGAAGAAUUACUGCGAGUGUUACGAGGUGAGGUUUUCUCUCUGCUUCUUAUUUAGAGGCUGUUUUCUUCUCACUCUGAUUAUUCACACUCUUAAACUUCCUUCCUUUAAACUGAAAGGCGAAGAUCAUGUGCUCGUCUAUAUGUAAGUGCAUCGGCUGUAAGAAUUUUGAGGAGAGCCCAGAGAGGAAGACGCUGAUGCACCUGGCUGACGCAGCAGAAGUGAGAGUCCAGCAGCAGACUGCAGCCAAGACCAAACUGUCCUCACAGAUCUCAGACCUGCUCAUGAGGACGACACCGGUCAUCUCAAGUGGAGGCGGGAGGUACGAUACUACUUAUUCUCUUGAAGGCAUCAAAAGCAUUAUUAUAUAUUUUUAUAUAUACAUAUUUGAUUCUACUUUCAAGAAGUAAGUCAAUCAUGUUUAAUGUCCAGUCAAAAUAAAUGUGACGGAUACUUUUUCCUUUUAUACUCAACAGUGUCAGUGUUUUUUUCCUUUUCUGAUGGAAGCCUUACAUACACAGUCAGCAGUUUCGUUUGCAUGUGUGGCUGUCAUGUUGUUGUGUCGGUCACUGUAUCUGUGAGCUGAACUUUGCUGUUCAUGUGUGCAAAUCUACGGUAGCCCCUGAAGGUCAACUGCAUGAAUGUUUCAGUGAAGGUAUAAAACAUUUCAGUGAAACCAAAAGCAUUCCUCUACAUUUUUGUGGGUUUUUUUUUUUUUGCACAUUAUUAAAAAGCUUUUAUUUUCAUUUUUUAAUAAAAAAUUUUUACAAAUUUUUUUGCUUCCCAUCUUUUUUCCUGUUUUUUGUCUUUUUUUUGUUUUCUUUGCACAUUAUUAAGUAGCUUUUCAUUUUCAUUUUUUUUAAACAAAAUUGUUUAACAAUUUUUUUUGCUUCCCAUUAUUUAUUUUUGCACAUUAUUAAACAGCUUUUCAGUUUUGUUUUUUUAAAUAAAAUUGUUUUUACAAAUUUUUGUUGCUUCCCAUCUUUUUCCUUUUUUUUUUUUUUUUUUUUUUGCACAUUAUUAAAUAGCUUUUCAUUUUCAUUUUUUUCAUCUCAUACAAUAUUUUUACAUUUGGGAUUUUUUUUCAUUCACUUUUGUAUCAAGUUUUUCACAUUUCAUGAAACAUUUUACUUUUUUGUGUUCUUCACCGGUUAUCAUAAUAUUUUGUAAUUUUUUUGUAUUUUUGCAUUCACUAAAAUGGGUUACCUUUAGUAAAAUACUUUAAACACUCGCUGAAAUGUUUUUGCUCUUAUGAAAUGUUUGUGUACAGAUGACCCUCCGGGCCCACUUGUAAAUCUGAGAUUGGUACAGAAUCAGUUUAAUUUUUCAAGGACCUAAAAACCACAGAGAGGCUGAAAAUCAUUCAGUUUCAGUCAGCAGCAGGAUGUUCGGUGCACCUCUAAAGGACUUGGUGUCAUUUAACUGAACUCCUGCAGAUUUCUGAGAAAUCCUACAUGUGUAUGAUUGUAACUCACCACCCCUAACAGAACCAGUGCUAGCUGAUGUCAGGAUUUGGUGUUUUUCUGACUCACAGAUCUUUUUCCUCUGUUCCUUACAGGUUGCCGUACACAUUUGUAACAAAGGAGGUGCUUGAAGCGACGUGCGAGUGUCUCCUAGAACAGGCUAAGAAGGCCGAACAGACUCAUCAGCCUCAGGUGGAGGCGGAGCGGAUGAUCCUGGAGGAGUUCGGACACUGCCUCAUGAGGAUCAUCAGCUCGGCGGGGAAAGCCAAAGCAGACUGUGCCUCCAUUAACUGUUAGACAGAUUGGCACUGCGCCCCCCCCCUCCACCCUCACACCUUAACCCCCCUCGGCUCUGGGGGACUCUGAGAGACUCGGAUUUCUCUGCUCCCUCUUUUCUCUGAGCCCUGAGGUUUUUCUCCUGCAGGGUAACAGGUUGUGUCUCUCGUCAAAGGCAGAACUUUUGAACUGACAGAUUUUCUGCCUUCGACAGCUGGAAUAACAAACAUGGAGCAGCUGUUUGCUCCGUUCCUCUUUAACUGAAGGACAAACGGACAGAGAAAGUGACUCUGAGACCUUCAAAUUAAUGGACGAAUGUGACUCAACAUUUCUUCCUUUGAUUUUCCCUCCAAGGCUCUGUUUCUCCUCCUUCAGUUCUUCCAUUUUUCUCUUUUCUUUUAAUUCUUUCUAUUAUUUGAGCUUUUUAAAAAGAAACCCCUGUAAGUUUUUAUGUAAUCGGUAUAUUUGUGCUUACAGUAGACAAACAGAACAUGUUAUCUUUUGAUAUUUAUUUUGACAGGUAUUUGUAAUCAUUGUGAGCGCUAAUAUUGUUAUAUUGGCUUAUAGUGUUGCAAAUUGUUUAUUAAUUAUUAAUUAACUGAGCCUAGGCUAUGAAUUGAAGAAGCAAAAAUGAGUAGGAGUGAGUGACCUUUAGGCUUGACCCUCAAAUCAAUUUGUAAUUUGAAAACAUAUAUUGUAUUAUGCACACACAGCGCUGCUGUUUCUGGUGCUGUUUUCUGUCUAUUACUCACAUGCUUCCUGUACAUUAAAAACACCAUGAAUGGGAAAAUAU